GCUCAACGACCAAUCAGCCCUCUAGAACACAAUUGUUUACAGGCGCCUUCGCUGUAGCGUCCUCAGCUCGGACAGAAGGAGAAGGUUUCGCCCUCGAAAGGCUUGCAACAACACCAACUGCACAGCAGCGAUGACGAACAUGCAGGGUGCAGAAGUCCUUGCCCGAGGGUCGUUUGGCUGGGCCAUAGACGACGGCGGCAACUUCUCUACGAUUUGUCCCAACGGCUCCGAAUGGGUAUGGGAAGGACUUAAGGAAUGUGCACAGGACUCCAGGGACAUGGCCAGUGUGUUCCUGGGUCUCAUCUCCAUCGUCUGCUUCAUGGGCUCUUCCAUGCCACAGUACUACCGCUCUUGUAAGACGGGGAACAUGGACCAGGCGCUCUCCAUCUGGUUCCUGCUGCUGUGGUUGGCCGGAGACGUCUGUAACCUGGUGGGGUCAUUCCUCGCCAACCAGCUGCCCCUACAGACCUACACGGCCAUCUAUUACGUUCUGGCGGACCUGAUGAUCAUCGGGCUGUAUGUCUACUACAGGAGCCAGAACCGCAGGCGUCAGGACGGCUCCCCUGCUAGGAGGGUUCUGAACGUGGUGGGCGUGGCCUGUAUCCUGGGUCUUGUCGGCCACCUGGGACCCCUGGCAAGCCCGGCACUGCAUCAGGAGACCCUGGCAGACGGGUUCAAAGGUCGCGCCUUGUUGUGGACGGCUGACCCAAGCGCUCCAGGCAUUCGGGCCUUCACCACCAAGGAGAUCAUCGGCUUCUCCAUCGGAUCCAUCUCCUCCCUGCUCUACCUCUGCUCCAGACUGCCCCAGAUGUACACCAACUACACACGGAAGUCAACGGAGGGCGUGUCGUACUACCUGUUCGCGCUGGUCAUCCUGGGCAACACCAUGUACGGUCUGAGCGUGCUCCUGAAGAACCCGGACCGCGGGCAGGGCGAGGGCAGCUACGUCAUACACCACCUACCCUGGCUCAUCGGCAGCCUGGGAACCCUGGCCCUCGACCUCGCUAUCACGUUACAGUUUAUAAUCUACCGGCCCAAGCACCCAUCCGUCCACGAUGACGAAAUCAGUCCCCUACUGGGCUCCGGUGGGAAGUAGGCCCAGACUGGGACCGGGGACUGGUCCAACACAUCACCUCAGCCGGAGAGCGUCACAGGUCCAUCAAGGGCCUGUCUGUGCAAUUUUUAUCCAGGAUCGUUUUUUUUUUUUUUUUUUUAAAACCAGUGUUGUUUUUACCUCAACAAUCUGAACUCCGCCCCUGGGAUGGGAGGGAGGCUGAACUGUGUGUCACUGCCGAUCGCGCCUCAUUUUCUUGUUUUAAAGAGAUGACCAAAGCCAACACUAAGAGUUGCAAGCAAGUCCUCACGCCGUGACCGUUUGUCUGUUUUUAACUCUCUCUCCUUCUCCGUGAGAGUGAGGUGAUCUUUUUUUAUUUUGAUUUUACUGUAGAAAAAAAAUACUGUUUUAAAUCUUGUGUCCAAGUAUUGCAGAAAUGUUUUAAUCACUACCUGUGAAACCAGCCAAACCAAAACUUGGUACUUUUUUUUUGUUUAUAGCUUGAGUAGAAAUGAGAAAAGAAGGUAUAUAUAUAAAAAAAUGUCUUCUUUUUUUUUAACAUGAUGUGCAUUUUGUUUUGUUUCAAAAAAUAUCUGAUCCAACUGUAUAGUUGCAAUGUUUUUACUUGUGUGCAUAUUUAGUGUUUGUAUUACGCACUCAAAUAAUGGCACGCAUUUAGUUUUUUUUCACAACGCACUUUGUUUUAUUCCGUUUACCUUUUUCCCCUCACAGUUGGUGGGUUAAAUCAUCUCAGAAUGUGACUUGUUCUGCACACCUUGUAAAACACGUUGUAGUGGUCAGUUUUAUUGCGGCAAAACAUUAAAAUCAACAUGCGUAAAACAAA